UUCAUUCCGAAUUGUGAUUUCCAUCACUACCCUCUUAUCACCAGAAUCCUCAUCUUCAUUUAUUUUUUGCAAAAUCCAGUGAUAAACUAGAAAAAAUAAAAAUGGAAAAUAUUCAUAUUAUUAUACCCAGUAAAUCAAAGCCUCCAUUAUCAUUCUCUUCUUACAAUGCCACCCAAUUUGAUUGCAUUGUCUCAAAAAGGGUGAAUGCAAAUUCCAACAAUGUCUCAAUUACAAAAACUUCAAACCCAAAAUUAAUGGACGCCCAAUUGAACCAACUAUGCAUUAAUGGCUCUUUAAGUGAAGUUGUUACAUAUCUUGAUGCCAUUGCUGAACAAGGGUCUAAGGUUAGACCCAUUACCUACAUGAACCUUUUACAGUCAUGCAUUGAUAAAGAUUGCAUUUUUGUGGGUAAGGAAUUGCAUGCUAGAAUUGGGUUGGUGGAAAAAGUUAACCCUUUUGUGGAGACCAAGUUGGUUAGUAUGUAUGCAAAAUGUGGGUAUUUAGAUAAGGCACGUAAAGUGUUCGAUGAAAUGCAUGUGAGGAAUUUGUUCACUUGGUCUGCUAUGAUUGGUGCUUGUUCAAGAAACAAGAGUUGGAAGGAGGUUGUUGGACUAUUUUAUGAAAUGAUGGAGCAUGGUGUUUUGCCUGAUGAGUUUUUGCUCCCGAAGGUUUUGCAGGCGUGUGGGAAGUGUAGGGAUUUGGAGACUGCGAGGUUGAUUCAUUCUAUGAUGAUUCGGCGUGGAAUGUGCUGGAAUGAGCGUGUGCACAAUUCGAUUAUGGCUGUGUAUGCCAAGUGUGGGGAGAUGGAUUGUGCAAAGAAGAUUUUCGAUUGUAUGGAUAGGAAGAAUAGUGUUGUGUGGAAUGCGAUGAUAUCUGGGUUUUGCCAGAACGGUGAGAUUGAACAAGCUCAUAAAUAUUUUGAUGCAAUGCAGAAAGAAGGGAUUGAACCUGGUUUGGUAACUUGGAACAUUUUGAUUGCCUGUUAUAAUCAGUUAGGGUUUUGUGAUCUUGCGAUCGAUUUAAUGAGAAAGAUGGAGUGUUUAGGUAUUGCUCCAGAUGUAUAUACUUGGACUUCAAUGAUUUCUGGCUUUAGUCAAAAGGGUAGGAUAAGUCAUGCUUUAGAUUUGUUGAGAGAAAUGUUUCUAGCAGGAGUUGAGCCUAAUAGCAUUACAAUUGCGAGUGCAGCCUCAGCGUGUGCAUCCUUAAAAUCAUUGAGUAUGGGAUUAGAAAUACAUUCUAUUGCCGUUAAGAUGAAUUUGGUUGGCAAUUUGCUAAUUGGUAAUUCACUGAUUGACAUGUAUUCCAAGUGUGGCGAUCUCAAAGCUGCUCAAUGCAUUUUUGAUAUGAUGUUAGUGAGAGAUGUAUAUUCUUGGAACUCAAUUAUUGGAGGAUAUUUUCAAGCUGGUUUCUGUGGCAAAGCUCAUGAAUUAUUUAGGAAAAUGCAGGAAUCUAAUUCACCACCUAAUAUUGUUACAUGGAAUGUAAUGAUCACAGGAUAUAUGCAGAGUGGUGCUGAGGAUCGGGCAUUGGAUCUUUUUACAAGCAUCGAGAAAGAUGGAAAAAUUAAGCGAAAUGUAGCUUCAUGGAAUUCGUUAAUAUCUGGUUUCCUACAAAUUGGACAAAAGGACAAGGCAUUGCAGUUAUUUCGGAAUAUGCAGUUUUUCCACAUAGCUCUCAACUCGGUCACAAUUCUAAGUAUCCUUCCGGCCUGUGCAAAUUUAGUGGCCAGCAAGAAAGUGAAAGAAAUCCAUUGUUGUUCAGUGCGUAGAAAUUUAGUGUCUGAACUUCCUGUAUCACAUUUAUUAAUCGAUAGUUAUGCCAAGUCAGGAAAUUUAAUGUACUCCAGAAAUAUUUUUUACGGAUUGUCGUGGAAAGAUGUCGUUAGUUUGAACUCUAUGCUUUCGGGUUAUGUUUUAAAUGGCUGUUCGGAGUCUGCAAUUGAUCUUUUUCAUCAGAUGAGGAAGGAAGGAAUUCGACCAAAUAGAGGUACUUUUGCAACUAUUCUCUUAGCUUACGGUCACACUGGAAUGGUUGAUGAGGGGAAGCAUGUUUUCUCCUGCAUGACUAACGAGUACCUGAUUAGACCGGGUAUGGAACAUUAUUCUGCUAUGGUCUAUAUGCUCGGUCGUUCAGGUAAGCUUGCCGAAGCACUGGAGUUUAUUCAAAACAUGCCGAUUGAGCCUAAUUCCUUGGUAUGGGAUGCCUUGCUGACUGCCUGCAAGAUUCAUAGAAAUUUUGGAAUGGCAGUCCUUGCAGGAAAACGUCUGCUUGAGUUGGAACCUGGAAAUAAUAUAACUCGAUAUCUGCUUUCACAGGCAUAUUCUUUAUGUGGGAAGUUUACGCUGGAGGAAGAAAAGGCUGUUAAUAAACCUGUUGGGCAAUGCUGGAUUGAAAGGAAUAACACAGUCCAUACUUUUGUAGUUGGCGAUCAAUCAUACACAUAUUUGGAUAAGCUGCGAUCAUGGCUGAAAAGGGUAGCUGUUAAUGUCAAGACACAUGUUUUCGAUAAUGGACUUUGCAUUGAGGAAGAGGAGAGGGAAAAUAAUAGUAUUGUACAUAGUGAAAAACUUGCAUUUGCUUUUGCUUUCAUAGAUCCUCACAAUACACCUCGAAUUUUACAUAUAGUAAAAAAUUUGAGAAUGUGUAGAGAUUGUCAUGACACAGCCAAGUACAUAUCAUUGGCAUAUGGGUGCGAAAUAUAUUUAAGUGAUUCAAAUUGCUUACACCAUUUUAAAGGUGGCCAUUGUUCUUGUAGGGACUAUUGGUAGAGAAAAAAGAUGUGUGAGAGAAUCAGUCAGAAAUAUGUAAAUCUGUCUUAAGAGUUCUGAUGAUUCCAUAAAGAAACCGGCAUCUGUUGGGCCAUGGGGAGGCAAUGGAGGGUCCCGUUGGGAUGACGGGAUAUACUCAGGAGUAAGGCAAUUGGUGAUAAUUCACGGGACAGGAAUUGACUCCAUCCAGAUUGAAUAUGAUAAGAAAGGAAGCUCUAUUUGGUCGGA